AUUUUAUCGUUAUCUCCUAUUUCUCUCCUAUUUCAUUUCUCACCGCCUUUUAGGUCUUCGAGUUUCUCAACAAUUCCUCACUAGUUCAGUGGUACUUACAGGAAAAAUCGUUCCGAAGCAAAUUAAUGGAGAGAUUAGUGGUAUUUCCUUCUAGUUCUUGUUUACUAACUUCUGCUCUGAACCCCAAAACAUACCCUUCUUCUUCGUCUUCUUCUCAACUGCUCACAGUGUCAUUUCUCCCCAAAACAAAACCCCUUUUGUCCUUUCAACCUAAGAAGAAGCAAAACCCAUCUUGGAAUCUGUAUGCAAGUUAUGAAGUUGGUGGUGGAUUUCCUGAAGAAGAUUUUGGUGGAGUGAAAAUACUAGAAAAUGCUGAGAAACAAGACCCUGAAUAUUAUAAAGCUCUUCUUGAUGGUGGUGAACAGGUUACUUCUGUUCUUGAAGAAAUGAUUAAGCUAUUGGAAGACAUGAACAUGAAUGAAGCAUCUGAGGAGGUGGCUGUUGAGAUAGCUGCACAAGGAGUUAUUGGCAAGAGAGUUGAUCAAAUGGAGUCUGGGUUUAUGAUGGCUCUUGAUUACAUGAUCCAACUGGCAGAGAAAGACGAUGAUGACCAGCGCAAGUCACUCUUGGAGGUUAUCAAGCAGACAGUGUUAUCUCAUCUUACCAAAAAGUGCCCCCCACAUGUUCAAGUGAUCGGUCUACUCUGUCGAACACCCAAAAAAGAAAGCAGACAUGAAUUGCUACGCCGAGUGGCUGCUGGAGGUGGUGUCUUUCAAACUGGGAAUGAUGGUACGAAAGUGCAACUUCCAGGGGCAAAUUUAAAUGACAUAGCAAACCAGGCUGAUGAUUUACUAGAGACAAUGGAAUCUAGGCCCGUUGUUCCUGAUAGGAAACUACUUGCAAGGCUUGUUCUGAUCAGAGAAGAGGCUCGGAAUAUGAUGGGAGGUGGUAUUCUGGAUGAAAGGAAUGACCGGGGUUUCACAACCCUCCCCGAAGCAGAGGUUAACUUUCUGACAAAGCUAGUUGCUUUGAGACCUGGGAAAACCGUUGCAGAGAUGAUUAGGAAUGUAAUGCUAGGAAAAAAUGAAGGUGAAGACAAAAGUGACGAGGAUGACAAAACCAAUACAGAGAAGAUACCUGGUGGGAUUACUGGAAGGGCUAGUGUUUCUGGACGCACACCACUUCCUGUACGACCUGGCAUGUUUCUUGAGUCUGUUUCCAAGGUCCUUGGCGGCAUCUAUUCUGGAAAUGUUUCCGGCAUCACAGCUCAACACCUUGAAUGGGUUCAUCAGAAGACACUCCUAAUUCUCCAGGAAAUAGCCUUCUAGUGGAGACUUCCAUAGAUGCACUAUUCUUGGUUUUCUCAUCAGUUGUUACCCGCUGCAACACUUCCAGGUAUAGUAACCGAGUCACGGACAGCAGAUUAGAUUGGUGGUUUGCCACCGCUGCUACAUCGCAUGUAUGUAACGACGAAGCGCGCUUCAAAACAUACGCGAAAACAGUGGGAAAUCGUUGUGUGUUUGUGGGUAAUAACCACUCUGCCAGAGUAAUUGGGGAAGGCACGGUUGAACUUCAGUUUACUACCGGGAAGAAACUCACUUUGAGAAAUGUUCUACAUGUACCCGAUAUUCGAAAGAACCUCGUGUCUGCUUCUUUGUUGGGUAAACACGGUUUUAAGACCGUGAUAGAGUCUGGUAAGAUGACACUCACAAAGAAUGGAGUCCUAGUUGGAGAAGGCUUCUCUUGUGAUGGAGGGUUUAAAUAUAGUAUUAUAUAGAUUAUUUUAUGUAAAUAACAAUUAAAUAAGUUCUUCUGUUCGGAGAAGGCCAUUUGUUUACUCAUAAUUUAAUUUCUUGCAAAAACAUUGUACCCAAUACUUUUGUGAA